CCAUCAUGGCAAUUUGUAAGAGGAGUCAUUUGUGUACAUGAGGAGAAAGCGGAGUGUUUUUCUGUUAUUCUUGAGGGUUUUUUUGUGCCUUGUCAUGAUGAAGUUACUGUCAUGUGUUGUGCUCUUCUCUCUGCAUUGCUCAGUUUCUGUAAAAUCAACACAGAGAUCGUGACUCUGCCUUUUUCCACUUGUGCCUCGAUUACAUUUGUCACACUGUGUGGGUUCGUCCAUUAGGUGAUUGCUUCUUUAAUUAUGACAUUACUAAAUUCAAUAACCAUUAACAUUAUUCUUGUGUGCACUGACGUGUUAAGUGGAACACACUCCCCUGUCAGUAUUUGUGCAUUUGCUGUGAAGUGCGAGGUGACUGGCUGAGGGCUGAUACACUAAAUGACAUUAAGCAUUUCAGGACAUUCUGGUUUGUGUGUACAUUUCAGGGUGAGGAUGUGUGCUCUCAACUUCAGCCGAACAGCAAAUACUUUUGCUGUUAAUGUCAUGCUCGAAUAUUCAUGUGGUCCACAUGUAUUGGUGUGUGUGCGUGUGCGUGUCAGUGAAUGCAUGUGUAGGCGUGUUUUGUGGGUUUCUGUGUGCUCCUGCGUGUUUAUAGUUUGCAAAGCAGACAAGGGCCAGUUUGACUUGCAAAAUAGCACUUACUUGGAGUUUGGAGUUAGAGAGGCUUGAAAUUGCUCAGGGGUUAUCUGCUCUCCUGACUUCUCUCCCAGUCUGCAUUAGUGAACAUACCCAGCAACCAUCACCAUGGGAGAAAUGGAGCAAUUGAGAAAGGAGGCGGACAGUCUAAAAGACCAGAUCACUGCAGCACGCAAGGCAGUGCAGGACACCACGCUGCAGGAGGCAGUGGCUGGGAUCACUGUGGUGGGCCGUGUCCAGAUGAAGACUAGGAAAACACUAAGAGGUCACCUUGCCAAGAUCUACGCAAUGCACUGGGGCACUGACUCCAAGCUGUGUGUCAGUGCCUCACAAGAUGGAAAACUCAUAGUGUGGGACAGCAUCACGACCAAUAAGGUGAAUGCCAUCCCUCUCAAGUCAUCAUGGGUAAUGACUUGUGCCUAUGCACCUUCGGGGAACUUCGUGGCUUGUGGUGGUCUGGACAACAUGUGCUCCAUCUACAACCUCAAGGGCAAGGACGGGAACGUCAAGGUCAUGCGUGAGCUGGCAGCACACACAGGUUACCUGUCCUGCUGUCGUUUCCUUAAUGACUCUGAGAUCAUCACCAGCUCUGGGGACUGCACUUGCGUAUUAUGGGACAUUGAGACAGGAACCGAAAAGACCAUCUUCACAGGACACCAGGGAGACUGCAUGUCCCUGGCCGUGUCCCCGGACUUCAAGUUUUUCAUCUCAGGGGCGUGUGACUACACGGCCAAGCUAUGGGACAUCAGGGAGGGUCAAUGCAGGCAGACCUUUGGAGGCCAUGAGAGCGACAUCAACUCAAUUGGGUUCUUCCCAAAUGGAAAUGCAAUAAUAACUGGGUCUGAUGAUGCUACCUGUAAGCUGUAUGACCUGCGAGCAGACCAGGAGCUCAUCACCUACCAGGACUCCGGCAUCAUGUGUGGGGUGACCUCACUGGCUCCCUCCCUGUCUGGACGUUUGAUACUGGCCGGCUAUGACGACUUCAACGUCAACAUCUGGGACUCACUGAAAGCAGAGAGAGUGGGAGUGCUGGCUGGUCACGAUAACAGAGUGAGCUGUAUUGGAGUAUCCUCAGAUGGCAUGGCGUGCUGCACAGGAUCCUGGGACAGCUUCCUCAAGAUCUGGAACUGAGGUCAUUCCUCAUCAGUGAGCAGGAGGAGAGACGUUAACAUCUGCCUGGGAGAAAUUGAAAAAGAAAUUGGAGUUAGAGGAAGGGAUGAGGAGUCACACAGGGGGAAAGGAUGGUAUUUUAAUUGUGCCAAGUCCUAUCUAAUGUUGGAGAGGGGCUGUAAUGUGAAAGGUUUCUCCUCUCUCUGUCACAUUGCGCUCUCUCCUUUCUUUUAGCAUUAUGGGUGAAUUUGGGGGGUCAUGGGGUACAGGAUAUCAGAAAAGACGAUUCCUCUUAAUGGUGAAUUAUCUUGUGGUUCAAAAUAGUAACGUUCUGUUGCAGAAUUUCAAAUCUCACCCAAUGAGAACAGUUGCCAAAUUUGAAAUGGUAGCACACUGGACAAGAUAGAAGUGAAUAUGGGUCCAGAACCAGCCUGUGUAGGUUUACACGAGCUCUACUAAAAUGCUGUAUGAAAGCAUAAGUUUGUGUUUAUUUAAGUAAUAAGAGCAUUUUUGUUUCUGACCUUUGUUUGUUCUUAGCUUCGGUAGAUUCUCUAGAUGCUUACAUUUUAAUACCUGUCACUUCCUGAUUUUAAGUAUAAAUGAAGUUAUAGUAUGCAGAUGUCCACAUUAGUGUUUGAGUUGUUUUGUAUGUGAUUGAAAAUAUUUGGCUUCUCAUCCUAACUCAGGUCAGACCAGAAACGUGCUUUGUGCAAACUGUUGAACUGACAAGAUGGGAUGAUAAAAUGGUUUUAAUGGUUCAUUAAGCACUAACAAAAUAAGACGACCCGUUUGUCUCAGGACUCUUCGUACAAGUGCUGGUUUCCCCCUGGAGGAUAACUGCUACUGUGUGUUUGAGUUCUUCUGAAUCUGGACAUGAUCUGUCUUUCCUCUGCAUGAUAAUCUUGAAAGUUUUGUGUUGAGUGCACAAAAGCUCUGAACUCCAUGCCCUACAAUUUGGACUGUUUUCAAUAUACACUGUGCGAGUAAAGCAAUUUCACCUUUCUUAAAAACUGUCUAAUAAACCUGGGAUACCGCA